AGCGUUGAUCUGACUAGACUAGAGGGCGGUACACUGUAGUUUAUUAACUCAAAGUGUAGUCAUUUGUACUGCCGUGUUGUAACUUUCUUUGCAAUGGUGGACUUGUAAAUCCAGUCUAGAGCAAACGAGAUUAUUCAUAAUGACCGAGGUGUGUAAAGAGGAGUUCGGCACUGCAGUGGGUCCAGUGGAGAAAUGGACCCUGCGGUCCGGCAGUGUGUGUGUGGAGAUCAUCUCUCUGGGCUGUGUGAUAAAGUCCAUUACAACAGAAGAUCGCAGCGGUCAAAGUGCGGAUAUAGUGUUAGGAUACGAUGAUUUAGAAGGUUAUCUCUCAAACCCUCGCUACUUUGGAGCUGUGGUAGGCCGGGUUGCAAACCGCGUUGCCAAGGGCCGGUUUGUGAUAAAUGAGAAGGAAUAUAAACUGGCUAUAAACAAUGGACCCAAUGCUCUGCAUGGAGGACUGAAGGGCUUUGACAAGGCCGUGUGGACCACAGAGGCUGUGGAUAACGGAGUGAAACUGCGUCACAGUAGUCCAGGUGGCGAUGAGGGUUACCCUGGGAACCUAAACGCUUGUGUCACCUACACACUGGAGAAGAACACACUGAGUGUGCUGUACCACGCACAGACUGACCAUACUACACCAAUCAACCUCACCAACCAUUCAUACUUCAACCUGGCUGGACAGGGAACACCAGACAUUUACGACCAUGAGGUGACCAUCUCAUCGGAGUCGUACCUGCCUGUGGAUGAGGCAAUGAUCCCCACAGGGGAGGUGAAAUCUGUGGAGAAGACCCUAUUCGACCUGAGAAAGCCUGUUCUUCUUGGCUCUAGAUUGAAAGAGCUGCCUGGUCCAGGGUUUGAUCACAACUUCUGUCUCUGCUCACCUGGUGAACCGCCACUGGAGAGAAAAUGUGCUCGAGUGGUGCAUCCUGGGACGGGUCGUGUCCUGGAGGUGAGCACUACACAGCCUGGGGUUCAGUUCUACACCUCCAACUUCCUGGAUGGGACAUUGAAAGGGAAGGGUGGAGCUGCUUACUCCAAACACAGUGCCUUCUGUUUAGAGACCCAAAACUGGCCAGAUGCGGUUAACCAGCCUCAUUUUCCUGAUGCUCUGCUGAGACCAGGAGAGACGUACACACAUACAACACGCUUCACAUUCUCAGUGGUGUGAAACUACAUAAGCAUGUGAAUUUUACUUUUCCAACAUUAUACAACUGUACUUUUUCCUGACAACAUUACAUGUAUUGCUACUAAGUAGAUAACACAAACUUUUGAGUUAUCUGGGU